GCGGCCAGCCGAUACGUAUGCGUGACAAACAUCGGCAUGGCGCAUGCAAGCGGUGUAGCCUUGGGUAACACAACCCUGGCAAGCAUUGCUGGGAAGCUGCACUAUGCUUUACAGACUUGCUUUCUCUCCCACGCUCGAGUUCGCAACCAUGCAGUCGUUGAGAGUAUAGCAAACCGUGGCCGAAGCCUUCAAAGCCGGAGUGGGCACCAUGACCGCAACAGAUCUUCUGGAUGUCAUGGCACGCACAAGGCACCCGCGGGCGUGGGUGCGACGGCGCAUUCCAGUCACGACGAUGGACAGCGACCUGUGGAUGCCGCCCGGGAUCAGCACCAGCAUGUGGCAGCAUAGCCUUAACGAUCUGUGUCACGAACCGUCUCCGCCUCGUUCAUACGAAGACCUGAGCGACAACAACGUGCUUACGCCAGCCUUCUCCGCGUUCAGCCUCGGUCGUGCCGACGGUGUUGCCCAAGCUAAUAGGGCUCGAGGAGCAAGGCGCUACCAGGGAGCUGUACCGUUUGAACGAGCCGUCGAUACGCUCUGCCAAGCUCUCCACUCAGCGAUGAAGCACUGCAAAGGCAUCAAAGACCACUUCGACAAGACCAUUGAGGCAUCUUCCAUCGCGCUGUGGGCCCCUCCGAGGGCCGUCGACGCUCUAUGGACGAUGAACGUGGAGUGGGACGGCGUCGAUCGUAGCCGGCGGGCACACUUUCCGGAGCAGCAGCCCGCGCCUGAGGUUGUCACGUUUCAAGGCAUAAUAGCGCGGUUUGAAAACGCAAUGAAAGCCAUGGCGCACUGCAGCGGUCCUCGACUCGACUAUCUGGAGUAUGCCGAUCAUAAGCUGAGUCCAGAAGUCUUCCGCAAUACGCUAAGCAAGCUGAAGGUGACUUUGAAGGGUGUAGAAGAGUUGAUGCAAUCGGUCAGGAAAGAUCGAGGUUUGAUGGAGCCGUUGAUUAAAGACUUGAUGGCUGCUACACAGUUGUUAGAUGACAUCGGUCCUUUGUGGGUGCCACGACCCAGGACGACUGCUGCCAAAUCACGCAGGUGGAUGCAGGAGGGAGAUGAUCACGAACGGCCGUGGUAUCGUGGCGAUUGAAUUUAUCGCCCAUGACUUCUCCGCUAUGAUGUAGAGAGACCCUGCCAAUCUAUCGUCACUGU